AUGAAGACGUUCAUUGUGUUGAGUUUGGCGGUGGCGCUGGCAGCCGGUGCCAGUCUGGAGAAGAAGGAAACCGUCAAGUCGGACGACAAGAACCACGGUAAGCGUGGUCUGCGCGACUACGGUUACGGUUACGCGAAGGAACCGGAGCUGCAGGGAGGCUUCAAGCCAUCGUUCGGGUUCGAUCUAGGCUCGAGCGAGCUGUACGCACCCCAGGCCAAAUCCUUCCACGUGCCCGAGUUCCACCAGAACCAGUAUGCACCGCUGUAUCAGAAGGAGCAGGUCCACCACCACAGCCCCUACAGUGCGUACAACUGGAAGGAGGAGAAGCACACGAUCAUCACGAAGAAGGUGCCGGUGCCGUACCCGGUGAACGUGGAGAAGCAGGUCGUCAUCGAGAAGAAGGUCCCGGUGCACAUCGAUCGCCCGGUGCCGUACGCGGUCGAGGUUCCGUACCGCGUCGAGGUCGAGAAGAAGGUCCCGGUUUACGUGGAGAAGAAGGUGCACAUCGAUCGGCCCGUCCCGUACCCGGUGAAGGUGAAGGUUCCGGUCUACCACAAGGUGGAGGUUGAGGUACCCAAGCCGUACCCGGUGCACAUCCCGAAACCCUACCCGGUGUACAUCGAGAAGGAGGUGCACGUGCCGGUCAUCCAUCGGGUGGAGAUCGAGAAGCCCUAUCCGGUGUACGUGGAGAAACCGGUGCUGGUCGAGAAGGUCCCGGAAAGUCAGGAGCACGAGCACAGCCACGAGCACAGUCACGAACAUAGCCAUGAAAGUCACGAACUCCAGAGCCACGAGCUCCACAGCCACGAACAGGAGCACACGGUCCACCACGACAUUCGGCCGGUCGGUGUGAAGUCUACCGACUUCAUUUCCGAGCCUAUCCACGUGGCCGAGCACGAUCACCAGUACGGCGAGGAGUCGCAGAAGAUCGAACGUAAGGUGGACAGCGACGCAAAGUCGGACGCCGAGCCCACCGAGCAGGCCAAGGAGGGCGAAAAGGCUGCCGAUAAAGAAUCGUCGGCUCACUAG